AAAGAUCUUUUAGAAGCGCAUACUCCUCCAGGGGGUCGAUUAGGGCGUGGGCAUAAGGGCCUUUAUGACACAAUCAACAAUUCGAUUCAUUUUCAGUUAGGUCUUGCUCUAGCUUCUUUAGGGGUUAUUACUUCCUUAGUAGCUCAACAUAUGUACUCUUUACCUCCUUAUGCAUUCAUAGCACAAGACUUUACUACUCAAGCUGCUUUAUAUACUCAUCACCAAUAUAUUGCAGGGUUCAUCAUGACAGGGGCUUUUGCUCAUGGAGCUAUUUUUUUCAUUAGGGAUUACAAUCCGGAACAGAAUGAGGAUAAUGUAUUGGCAAGAAUGUUAGACCAUAAAGAAGCUAUCAUAUCUCAUUUAAGUUGGGCUAGCCUCUUUCUAGGAUUCCAUACCUUGGGCCUUUAUGUUCAUAACGAUGUCAUGCUUGCUUUUGGUACUCCAGAAAAGCAAAUCUUGAUCGAACCUUUAUUUGCCCAAUGGAUACAAUCUGCUCAUGGCAAGACGACAUAUGGGUUCGAUAUACUCUUAUCUUCAACGAAUGGCCCCGCUUUCAAUGCGGGUCGAAGCCUAUGGUUGCCCGGAUGGUUGAAUGCUGUUAAUGAGAAUAGUAAUUUUCUUUUCUUAACAAUAGGACCUGGGGAUUUCUUGGUUCAUCAUGCUAUUGCUCUAGGUUUGCAUACAACUACAUUGAUUUUAGUAAAGGGCGCUUUAGAUGCACGCAGUUCCAAAUUAAUGCCGGAUAAAAAGGAUUUUGGAUAUAGUUUUCCUUGUGACGGCCCAGGGCGCGGCGGUACUUGUGAUAUUUCUGCUUGGGACGCAUUUUAUUUGGCAGUUUUCUGGAUGUUAAAUACCAUUGGGUGGGUUACUUUUUAUUGGCAUUGGAAACAUAUCACAUUAUGGCAGGGCAACGUUUCACAAUUUAACGAAUCCUCCACUUAUUUGAUGGGAUGGUUAAGAGAUUACCUAUGGUUAAACUCUUCACAACUUAUCAAUGGAUAUAAUCCUUUUGGGAUGAAUAGUUUAUCGGUAUGGGCGUGGAUGUUCUUAUUUGGACAUCUUGUUUGGGCUACUGGAUUUAUGUUCUUAAUUUCCUGGCGGGGGUAUUGGCAGGAAUUAAUUGAGACUUUAGCAUGGGCUCAUGAACGCACACCUUUAGCUAAUUUAAUUCGCUGGAGAGAUAAGCCC